AUGGUGGAUGAAAGUUUGAUAAAUGAAGCAGAGGAUGAAAUAAUUUGCUCAAGGCUUGCUAGUAAAGAAUACUGGAUUGAACAUUAUGAAAGAGAGUUGAAAAAUUUCGAAGAAUUUGGAGAUGAAGGUGACGUAUGGUUUGGACGUAUUACUGAGAAUCGUUUGGUGAAGUAUGUUAGCAGAAAUGAACAACUAUCAAAAUCAUGCAAAUUGAUUGAUUUUGGUUGUGGCAAUGGUUCAUUGUUGAGAGCGCUGGUAUGUAUAGCAUUGUCGCAGUUUGAGCUAGGAGAUGAUAAUAUUGGAUUUGAGAGGAAUGAGCAACAAGAAGGCUAUUCUAACUUAUGUGGUGUUGAUUAUUCCGAAGGAGCAAUACUGUUAGCCAGGAAGCUUACAGAAAGACAAUGCGCGGAAAGCAAUAUCAAAAUUGAUUUCCGGAUGAUCGAUCUACUGAAUGAAGCCAUUAACUUGGGAAAAUUCGACGCUGUUCUUGAUAAGGGCACAUGGGAUGCGCUGUCUCUAUCAGUCGAUCGUAAUUGUCGUUUGAAGAAGUACAAGGCGAAUAUUUGCAAAACUUUGAAAUCUCAUGGAUUUCUCAUCAUUUGUUCAUGUAACUACUCGAGGGAUGAACUAGAAAAGCAGUUUAGCGGUGAAGAGUUGAGAUUUCUCGAAGAGAUUCCAUCAAAAAAUAUUUUUGAAUUCGGUGGUCGAAAGGGUUCGACGACAACAUGUGUGGUAUUUCAAAGAAUGUAG